AUGCAGAGUGUACCGGAGGAGUGGAGGGAUGAGAGAGGAGGAGAUGGGAGGAUGUUGGUGGAGAGGAAACUGGAUUCAGAGAUCCAGAAGAAUGGAGGUGAAGAGUCACUGAUGAUGGAGCUGACGAGGCUGGUGCAGAAGAUGGUGAGAGAGAGCAGCUGGUGGGAGAGGAGGGGGAUCGAUUGCAGCAUCCUGGCAGCAGCAUUCCUCUGUCUGCCACCUGCCUUCCUGCUGCUGGGUUCCUCCCAGGUCCUGUGGUUUAUAGCGGGCAUGCUGCUGAUGGGCAUGGCUCACGCCGUCAUCGCCUAUAAAGGGACACAUCUGGCCAGCCACGGGUCGCUGAGCGAGUCGCAGGCCUGGGGGAAGUUCUGGGCCAUCUUCUUCAUCGAGAUCUGUGGCUCAUUCUCAGCGCAAGCCGGCGUCCAUGGCCACAUUAAGAUGCAUCAUGCUCAUACUAAUGUCAUUGGACUGGGUGACUCCAGCGUAUGGAAGGUCCCCUUCCUGCCUCGCACUGUCUACCUGUUCAUAGCUCCCCUGGUCGUGCCCAUCAUCACGCCACUUGUUGCACUCGCUCAUCUCAAAGGACAUUCUUUGGCUCUCAUCGUCAGGACUGUCCUGACAGUAACGCUGGGCCUGUAUUCACAGUACUGGCUGCUGAUCCACGUCUCCGGGUUCCUGUCGCCUCUCAGCGCUUUGCUCUGUAUGCUCGUAUGCAGAGCAAUGUUCUCUGUGCCGUGGAUCCAUGUCAACAUUUUCCAGCACAUUGGCCUCCACAUGUUCUCUGCGACCAACCGACCAAAGAGGAUCUACCAGAUGACCCACGGAGUCCUGAACCUGCCGCGUAACCCCUUGCUGGACUGGAUAUUUGGACACUCACUUAUCAACUGCCACGUGGAGCACCAUCUCUUCCCCUUCCUGUCUGAUAACAUGUGUCUAAAGGUGAAGCCUGUUGUGUCCAAGUAUCUGACUGAGAAGCAGCUUCCGUACCAGGAGGACAGCUACCUCUCCCGCCUGCAGCUUUUCUUCCACAAGUACCAGGAAUUUAUGGUGUUUGCCCCGCCGAUCACAGAGCUGGUGGGAGUCCAGUGAUGAAGAGGCAAUGAAGGAGAACAACUAUUCAGACUAAUGAGCUGCUGCUGCUGCAAAGCACAAGUGUUAAAGUGACCUGUUACAACCUCCACAGUCCAGGUGUGAACAGUCUCUAACGUAGGUUUUAAUCAAUAACACAUUUAUGUAGUUUAAUAUUAGGUGCUAAAAUAAUCCUCAUGAUUUAUUUUUUAAAGACUAUUAUAUGAACUGAAUAAAUGUUCUUCACUUUUAGAGGUAAUUUCAUAAAUAGCACAAAGAUAAGCGCUCAACCAAAAGCCGACUUGAUUAUGUUAAAUGGGUGCUGCAUUAAAGGUCACAGCGGGAGGUUAAUCGCACCUUUUGAACUGACUUGGGUCUGUUUCAUGAAGCAAAUUCACCUCAGUGAAGCUCUCUGCUGGUCCAGGAUAACUGGUUUCACAAAGGGUUUCCAUCCGCCUGCUAUAACUCUUGGUUUAGGAUAUUGCCUGUGAUUCCUACUGGGAAAUAAUAACGAUGAAUUAAUGUAAAAGUUAGAGAAAUGAAGCACAGCAGUAGCAUUUAAAGAACUAAAUACAGUAACCAAAUGUGUUAUAAAUUACUGUGAAUUUACAGUAUCUAACAGGCUUUUUUGUACAAUAAGAAUAACUUAUUGCCAUUUUUCAGGAUACAAUUUUACAGAGCUAAAAUCAAAUCAAUCCAAAUAUUAUGCUAUAGGAUAUACUGAAAACUUAUUUAUCAUAGUAAUAAUAUUUAACCUUUAAAGGAAUAGUUCAGAUGUCAGAUUUAUUUCAGAUUUGAUCAGAUCAUCUAACUCUCAGCAAAUAAGCAGAUAAGAGUAUAUCCCAAAAUGUUGAACUAUUCCUUUAACAGUAUCUGUUUGGAUGUGGAGAGGAGUACUUCUAUGGAGGACGGAACCUGCCAAAAUAAAAAAUAAAUAAAUAAAU